UCAGCUCGCCUGGGUGGAGUGAACUUUAGAUAUGUAGUACAACAAAUUAGCCAGGAGGAGAGCGGUGUGGCAGAGUGAAAACCCCCUAAAAGACUAGAUUACUCGCUUAAGAAAAAACCCAUCCUGGCCGGUAAGAGACGCUCCAAACACUGAGCUGAGAUGAGUGAUGUGAGCGAAGAGUCGCUGCUGGAUUAUUUCUACUCGGCCGGGGGCGACUCAGGCAGAGUCAAAAAUGCAGAUAUACUGAGGACAUUUAAGCCUUUUAUUGGGCACAGUGACUUGCAGUUACGUGCCAAAUACCGAGAGGAAUUCAAGCUAAUCAUUGACCGAGUCGCUGUGGUGAAGUCUGAGAAUGGUGAGAAAUAUCUUAUCCUCAAGAAGAAAUACAGGAACUUGGUGCAAGAGCGAGAGGCCAAGCAUCUUAGGCCAGAUGGAGACCGACAGAGACAUCUGAGUCCAGCGAGAACAACAACAACCUCAGUGCAGUGGGAAGUGACAGAUGCCCCGACAUCUACUCAUCAUGAGAAGGAGGAACAAGAUGUGCCAAUGUCAUGUGGAGAGGCUGACGCCACAGCAGAGGACCAGCGAAAAGAUGCAGACCCUGUGCACCGCUCUCCAAGGCCACCUCCUGCCAUCCAGAUCCAUGAAGCCCCAGAGCAAAGCAACGCAGAGGAUGAGCUGGACAGAGAUUCUGGGUCAAAGUCUGAGUCGGAGCAAGACGAGGAGGGUACAGGCAGUAUGGGCUCUGCUUCUGUCGCUCUGGAUCCUUUAGAGAAGGAGUGGAUCUAUUCUGCUGCCGGUGCUCGAGUCCCUGACCUCUCUCAGCUGCUCAGACAGGACCGCGCACUGGCAAACAAGAAGGAUUUCACUUCAGGUUUUACAGCUCUGCACUGGGCUGCCAAACAUGGCAAUGAGGAAAUGGCCACACUCGUGGUUAAUGCCGGUGGCGAUGUCAACAUUAAAUCACACGGGGGAUACACACCUUUACACAUCGCAGCGUUACAUGGACAUCGGCACAUUCUUGACCUGCUCGUAGGGACAUACGGGGCUAAAGAAAACUUGCGGGACUACAGUGGUCAUCUUGCCUGCCAUUAUCUUAACAUCAAAGAAGCAGAAGGUCCAGAUGAAGACUGUGAGCUACAGUUUCAAGUAACUCAGGCCAGGGAGCGGAACAAGAACAGGAAGUUGGCAUCGUUGUUUCACUCCAAGAAGAAGUGGGGGUCAGCAGAGGAGCUGGCUCCGAUAGAGGAGGAGAGGACAGCGUCACAUCAGCUCGCACUUCCUGCUUUUAGACCCAGAAAAUUCUCCCGCUGAGGGAAAACAAACUCCAGGGUCAACCCUGUUCUGACGCUGUUCCCACACUCACUCUGUCACUCACUUUGCCCUUUCAGGCAUUCAUAUUUACACACAUGUACCAAGUAUUAAUGUGUAUAUUUAUUAUAUGUACACAGACACACACACACAGGAUUCACACCUGUGCUUACAGAUCCAAUCAAAUGUUUGCCACCUAAACAAAAUUAGAGAAACCAGGUAUACUUGUUCAUGCAUAUAAUCCAUAUUUUUCCUUACAGCUUGUUUAAAUAUUUUUUUGAAUUUUGAAUUUUGUUGAUCAAUGUUCUUCAGUGUUACUUAAAGUGACACAUGCCUUACAAGUUUUCCUUAAGCUGAGGCCAUGAUGGUCAAGCUAGUGAUUUUCUCUAUUUUUCUUGUUUUAUUGUUUACAAAUUCAAUGAAAAGACCAAAAAUGAUAACGUCUUAGUCUCCCUCUCUAUACUUGUUCAGCCUUUCAGUGGUUUUCAGAUCUCUAACUUUUAAAAAAUUGCUCAAGAAUGCACAUUUUUAAGAGUGACCACCGAAUCAAGACUUUGUAUUAUUGGAGAGUAUUUUUAGUCGUACAUCGGCUGGCUUAGUAAGAAUUUAGGGAUUAAAAUAAACUACAGUUUUAACGAUAAAUAAUACACCACACUGAUCUGUAGUUGGUAGGGUUUUAAGCAACGGCUGAGCAUUCUGGCACAGAAAAAAAAAGUCUGACUUUAAGUUGAGCGAUAAUACUUCUCAUUUCCAUAUAUACAAAUAAAAGUUACCAGACUUGGCCCUUAAAAGGAUCAUUUAAUGUCUUUUGUAUGUUUCGGUCCUUUAAAUGCACCAUAACUUAAGCUGAACAUUGCAGUUAAACUGAUUUCCUUCAGUCCUUGACAGCAGCUAACGUUAAUUAUGUGGUAAAAGUAUUAUUUAAAACUUAACACUCUUAAGGGAAUGUACAGAACAGUGCCUCACUGCAAAUAUAAUUCACAAAAACACUAAAUUUAGCAUUUAACCAUUUCAUUUCACUCUGC